CAGAAGCAGCAGAGUAAUUUGUUGAUAUCCUGCUUUGGUAGUAUUUAUUUAGACCCAGAUACUUCACAGAGCAAUUUACCCUUAGCGUAGGGUCUUCUUUUUAAGCGAGUAACAUAGUUUAUUCAAAAGCUUUCUAUAUGAAGGGCUGAUGGAAGACACACGGGAUUUGGGUGAACGCACCUCACGUUCAGAGCGUAAGCGGCGGGACUCAUUCGGGAUGUACGAUGGCUAUGACAGCUGCAGCGAGGAGUCCACCAGCAGCUCCAGCUCAGAAGAAAGUGAGGAUGAGGUUGUGCCCUCCAUCCCUGCCAGUCUCCCCAUCAUCAAGACCAAUGGACAAGUCUACACUUAUCCUGAUGGCAAAGCAGGAAUGGCCACAUGUGAGAUGUGUGGGAUGGUCGGAGUGCGGGAUGCAUUCUACUCCAAGACCAAGCGGUUCUGCAGUGUCUCCUGUUCAAGAAGUUAUUCUUCAAAUUCCAAAAAAGCGAGCAUCCUGGCUCGGCUUCAGGGUAAACCCCCGACGAAAAAGGCGAAAGUCUUACAGAAGCAACCCUUUAUAGCCAAAUUUGCAGCUUAUCCUCAGUACCAUGCAACCCAGCAGAACCAGGCCAAAUCAAAAGCCGUGGUUCCUGCCGAAAGCUUUGACUGGGGUCAAUAUAUUUGUAGCAAUAACACAUUGGGAGCUCCGGUCAGCUGUUUUAAGCAUGCUCCAAUGGGGAUGUGCUGGGAUGGUAUAGAGGUUGGGGUGCGGAUAGAAGUUCUCAACUCUGACACCAACCAGCCCAUGAAAGUCUACUGGAUAGCAGAAAUCAUUAAGCUAGCAGGGUUCAAGGCCCUCCUGAGGUAUGAAGGCUUUGAUGCAGACAGCAGUAAAGACUUCUGGUGCAACCUCUGCACUCCAGAGGUACACCCAGUGGGAUGGUGCGCUUCUACCGGGAAACCUCUUGUACCUCCAAAAAGUAUACAACAUAAGUACUCUAACUGGAAAGCUGUUCUUGUGAAGCGCCUCACUGGAGCUAAAACACUGCCGCCUGACUUCAGUUCAAAGGUACAUGAAAACACACAGUUCCCCUUCAAGAAGCUGAUGCGGGUAGAGGUGGUGGACAAAAACUAUCUGUGCCGGACACGGGUGGCUCUGGUGGAGCAGGUGAUUGGUGGUCGCCUCAGACUUGUGUAUGAGGAGAGCCAAGACGGGUCGGAUUACUUCUGGUGUCACAUGUACAGUCCCCUCAUUCACAACAUUGGAUGGUCACGCAGCAUUGGUCAUCGAUUCAAGCGGUCAGAUGUGACCAGGAAAUUGGACGGUCAAGUUGAUGCUCCCCCACAGAUUUUCCAGAAGGUGAAAGAUGUGGACCAGAAUGCGGAGUGGUUUAAAGAUGGCAUGAAGUUGGAAGCUAUCGAUCCUCUUAACCUCUCAGCUAUUUGUGUCGCCACUGUAAGAAAGGUUUUGGCGGACGGGUACCUCAUGAUCGGGAUUGACGGCUCAGAGGCAGUGGAUGGGUCAGACUGGUUCUGCUACCACGGCACUUCCCCCUCAAUCUUCCCUGUCGGCUUCUGUGAAAUCAACAACAUUGAACUCACACCCCCUAGAGGGUACACAAAACUGCCAUUUAAAUGGUUUGACUACCUCAGAGAAACAGGUUCAACAGCUGCUCCAGUAAAGCUUUUCAACAAGGAGGUUCCCAAUCAUGGUUUCCAGCUAGGGAUGAAGCUGGAGGCAGUCGACCUUAUGGAGCCGCAGUUGGUGUGUGUCGCCACUGUAACAAGGAUAAUUCACCGGCUACUGAGAAUCCAUUUUGACGGCUGGGAUGACAAGUAUGACCAGUGGGUGGACUGUGAGUCUCCAGACCUGUACCCUGUGGGUUGGUGUCAGCUAACAGGGUACCAGCUCCAACCGCCAGCAUCACAGAGCAACAGAGAAAUGUCACAGUCUGUACCCAAACAGAAGAAAAAGGGCCAGCAGUAUAAAGGUCAAAAGAAAAACUCUCUCCUGCGAAUGAAGGAGGAGGCGGCGGACGAGUUCACCUUCUCGCAAGGAACCUCGGACCAGGAGAGCAAUGGCUCCGGCAGCUACUACAUCAAACAGGAGCCGUGACAAAGCGCCCGAGCCGCACAGAGACCCCUACAAACUGUGAGAACCUUUUUUACUGAGCUGGGAAACUCUUAUUUUGCUUUCAGGUCAGUCAGCCACUGAACACACGCUUUCAAUGGCCUGAGCCAUCUGGCAGAGAGAAGAACACACUUCUGUAUAUUUUGACUAUUUUCUUCUGAACAAUGUUGCCAGAUGGACUUUGUUUAUAGUACUUGAAUUCUAUUAUUCUGACUUUUUUUUUUGCUCUUGAUAUUUGUUUUCGUCUUAACGUAAUGAUUUUGCAUUUUCAGUGGCUUCUGUGUCGAUAAAGGUGAUUAUAUUCAUAUAGUAUGUGAAGAUUUAUUCAGAGACAAGUAUAGAUUUGGUGAUGGAGGUCACUGCUGCUCACUUCUGUCGUCCAUUCCGAUGCUUUCCACAGCUGCAUCCGUUUCUGUUUCAGUACCACGGAAUGACUUUUCCCCGACUCUUCAUUCAAUGUGCAAAAUCCACUUUCAGUGAGGUGAAAGCAUCAGCGGUGCACAAGUGCCUUAAACCUGCAAUUCUGAUGAUCGACGUGCAAUCUGUCACUUCUUCUAAUAACUGCUCCAAAACACGGUCGCUUCAUCUCCUCCAAAUCUGCCUGGAUUAUAAUAUUGGUCCGAAAAGUGUUCAAGCCUUAAAAACUGGGCGUCACCCAUUGACAGAACCCAAGUGGGGGGGUCACCAUAACCCACUUCUGUGGUGCUGCUGUAGGGCCAAAGACAAAAAAAAGGGCAUCAAAAAAAGAUCCAGUGGUGUAACUAAAACUAUCAGAUAAAAUUGCAAUUACAUCGGACUCUAUGCACAUUUAUUUUAACAUAAAGUAUUGGAGAACUUUGGACUAAACAUCUUCAACUUAAUUUGAGGCGUCAGAAGUACUGACAAAGAACUCCAAUAUUUACACUUGUACUAGCAAUGAAUAAGAAAAUAAGACAGUUGUUACUUUGAGGGUGGUAUUGAUGUAGGCAAAGUGCUGAAUGUGACCCCAGCCCCGCCACACUCUGCCCUGUGCUGGUCUACAGCGCUGCCAUGACACUGGUUGUGUUUGGAAAAACUUGCUGACCUUCCUCUCAUCUGACUGCCCUGAAUAACCAAGAGUACAAUCAUGUUCCUAGUCUGUGAGGUGGAGCAGAGGGGAUGAAGCUGUGGAGCGUCGCAGCAUACGCCCAUAUUUCUGCAGAACGUGGAUGAUGGAAGUGAGCAGCAGUGAGUUUAAAUAAAACCUUACUGGUAUGAUUGACACUCCCGCACUCCCCCACACCCCCCGCCCCCACGGUGAUCAUGAGUGCGUCAUUUGGUCACAUCUCCCUCCUUACUUUAUUUAUAUUCCAAAAAGCAAAGAUGAUUUUUAAUUUUUUUUUGCGGCCAGAGUAUGUUUUGGUGCUCUUUGUUUAUGCUACUUCAACUUUGACUGUAAAUGGUCAUGUCAUUUUUCAUUCUUUCAAAAACAAUUUAUUCACAAAUAUACGUCAAAACAAUCUCAACCUCUGAUGAAAAAGGAAAUCUAUUACAAUAUUUAUGGCUCGCGACACCAGCAUUAGUACAGCAAUCUAUAUUUAUGUGACUUUCUAGAUAGAAUCUGUAUCCAAUGUCCGUGAAUGAUUCCAUCAGAGUAACUAUGUACCGUGUUUGUAUUUUCAAUUAAAACCUCUGUUUUAACAACAAAAUCAUGAAGUAAUGAUAAAGUGUAGAUGUAGGUUUAUGGUUGGAAACAUUGUGGAUCGAUGACUAUAUGAGAAACCCUCCGCGCUCCUCACAUCCAGCAGUUGUAGCCCACCCUUUUUUUUGUGUUUCCCGCCGUGAAGCAUAUUUGACCUCCACAGAGUUUCAGCGCCGCGAUAUGCAAAACAGUUUAUCUUUAGCGUAUGCAAGCUAGUUUUAGGAUCAUGUAGAGUCUAUACUCAAACACACAUGUAUACAAAUAUAUAAAUAUAUGUUUAUUCUCGCUGACUAAUGAUGGUAUAGAGAAUCCUGAUUGGAAAUGACUCGACGACUAAUAGUUCUUGAAGCUAGAUCUUCGCAGCUGUUUCACUACCUCCUGAUGCUCGCCACUUUUAGCUCAAGUUUAAAACUAGCCUGGCAUAUGCAACGAAAGGAGACAACUCUGACUUGACGCCAAACGAUAAAGACUUCUAUCAAAGCCAGUGAGGCGGUUUAUAUGCAAGUCUGGAGCCAAUGGUAACUACAGCGCCCUCAACUCACGUGAUCACUACAUUACGAACAAGCCGAUUGUUUCCACGUUCGUCUAUAGCUGUGAGUGCUUCUGCUGUUCUGUGUUGAUCUGCUCAUUUCUCCCUCUACCAGUAAGGUUCACAUUUCUCAGGAAGUUUUGUGUUUUUGCUGGAGUGCAGUCACGUGACUGGAAGCAACAAAACGCUGGCUGGAAUGAAAAGUCAUCAUGUCAAUUGGCCACUUCCUGGAAAGCUGUUUUGAGUCCCUAGCGUCAAAGUGAAGGCCCGUUUCCACAGUCAUUUCCAAGAAACGUAAAGUCUUUUCAAGGCGUCCCGACACGCACGUCAUCACACCAGCUGUUUGGUUCAGAUAGAGCGGCUUUGUUCGUGGCUUUAGUCUGUUCUGAUACUAUUUUCCAUACAGCUCUCAUUUUUCCUGUUGUCUUUGUCUCGUGUACAUUUCUUCUUGGGGCCUUUUAAAAUUCUUUGAACUGUAGGAAUUACUGGAAAAUAAGUGAGUACAAUUUAUAUUUGUUUUGUUUUUACUGAAGCUCACAUAAAAGGAAAACAUUUAUAAAAUAUGUUUUGUGUGUGGUAAAGGAAUUAUUGUAUGUAUUUUCCAACAGCAGGUCCAAAACCCAUUCUCUGAAAACAUAGCAUAACAAAAUGGAAAAAAUCACAGCAAUUUUGUUUUUUUCCCCCACCCUCCUCCACCAUCUUGGUUGUUACUCUGGGGUGCCCCCUGUAUUUUGGCCGCUUGGAUGGUUGUUGUUUGUAGUUCUAUAAGUCAUUACAGCUCCUCUUAGCUUCACUGAGUGUCCAGCGACAAACUGGGCUCUUUUUUUCUGUUUGACUCCACUCUGCUGAUGGGAUCGACCUCGGUGGGCUUACGUGACCAAACAAGCAAUAACAGCCUCGCAAACAUCUGGAUCAGCUGUUAAACCUUCUUGACCAAACCGUGUUAGUAUCUUAGUACGGAAACAGACUGUUUGGUGGACUAACUGCUGCUACUCUGGAAAUAAUGUACAAUCAACACAAACUUGGGUUUCUCGCCGCCCCGUGUAGAUAUCCGUCUGGUUUCAGUUCUCUGCCCGUUCAUUUAAAAAUUUGGGACGAGUAGUGAGCGCCACCCACUGGUAAGCGAUGUGAAACUAGCUGCACUGAUCAAGUAAAAUGCAUGUAAAACAGAUGUUGUGCUGAUGUUGUGCUGAGCUUGUAUCAUUUUUUUUUUUCCAUGUCAUGGUCGUCGGUCUUUAUUUUGUUCCUCCUGCUGUUUGCAAGAAUUUUAUGGAAGCUCAUUAAUGCCAUAAAUGUGACAAUAGAAAUACUGACGUCCAAACUGCUGGUAUCAAGUGCUUACACUCACUGUCGACGACUAACUUCCCCAGAAGACUGUCCCUGUUAAACGUCUGUAAUGAGUGCAAGAUGGCUUCAUUCAGUGUUGCAGAAAACGAAAGUGAAAAUGUGACAUUUUUAUUAUCGUCAUCACUUUCUUGUACAAGGUCAUCAUGGGACAUGAAUGGGCUUCCAUAGCUGCAAAACUGCUCACUGCAUCACAGUGGAGAACCUGAGAAACCGGGAGGAGUUUGGGCAUUUUUAUUUUCUUGGAUACUAACACGGGUCUUUUGUAUGUGAUUUCGCCCCUUCUUGAUCCUAUUAAAUCAUUAUAUCGUGGUGCUAUAUAUACAUAUAUAUAUAUACACAUUAUAUAUAUAUAUAUAUUUGAUAAAAAUGACUUAAUGUGUUGGGAUUAUUGUCUGAAAAUAAUUGUGUUGGGUUAUGGUAAGAAAAUUUAUUUUGAAUACAAAUACAAAAAAAAAGAUCUAUGUUAAUAGUAAAAAAAUCUAUUGAUAUUAACAUCGACCCUCGCGGUACAUUGUUAGAUAAUGUUUGUACAUCUUUUUGAUAGUGUAUACUGGUUUGAUUUCAUAUGGGAUGUUUGUGCUGUGAUCAUGCUUUGAUAGACUUUGUAAAUAAAGCCAAAUGUUUGGAUCAGUAUAUCGGGUUGUGAUGGCCGGCUUCUUUGUUUACAGGCGUUAAGAGAGAAAAAAACAUGUUUUUUUGCAUGGCUGUGAAAAGUUCUGGUGAUUUUUUUGUAAGAUUUGACUUUUACACUGAAUAAAAUUGCAAAUGACUUGGAGCACGGUUGUGUAGUGGAUUGCAAGA